UCGAACGGGACACGCGUGCUUUCGUGUGGGUUCUAAAUCCGUGGCCCUAUUCGGCGGUUCAUGUUGCACCGUCCGCGAACAAAACCUGUUUUCUGAAACCGAGCCGAGGGACGACAGAACCGUGAACGUGAUCGUGCGGUCUUGCGGAGUAAUUGAUAUCGGUAUCGGAAGUGUCAGUCUCAGGCGCUUCUUCGUGUGGCCUGUGGCGCACGCGCUCAAGGUGGUCCAGAUAGUUGCCCCGAGGUAGAAGUACGCUGUGCCUUUCUAACGCGAGAGAGAACCAUCAUAAAUAUUCAACGGACCCUGCGGAGUCGCCGCCAGGAAGAAGCAAACAAACCGCACCAACCAUCAGCAAAAUGAAUCGUGCCCUGUUCGGAAGCUUGGUGGCCAUCUCGGCCACGGACAGCACCCGUGGUGUCAGCAGUCGCGCAGGAUCCGGAGAACCGUUGGAGCCCAUUCUCCCGCGCCGCAACAGUUUGCCUCCAGCGCCACCGAUCUUUAAAGCGAUCGUUCCUUCGAAGCAGAACGGAACCACUCUAACCCGGAGUAACGGAGGCACGAUGACGAACGACCGCCCGGUCGAACUAUCGAAACGCGCAGCGGAAGCACGAGAGGCGCUUAAAAAGGCGCAUAUUGUGUGUUUCGAUGUGGACUCUACCAUCAUAACGGAGGAGGGUAUCGACGAGCUGGCCCAGUUCUGUGGCAAGGGCAGUGAAGUUGCCGCACUCACAAGGGAAGCGAUGGGCGGUAGCAUGACGUUCCAGGAAGCGCUUAAACGCCGGUUAGACAUCAUCAAACCGUCGCAGCGACAGAUUCGCGAAUUUCUCAAAAUGCACCCCUCGACGAUCUCGUCCGGUGUGAAGGAACUGAUCGAGCAGCUGCGCCAAAACAACGCGAUCGUGUUCCUGGUUAGCGGAGGGUUCGAUUGUUUGAUCGAACCGGUUGCGGACGCGCUGCAAAUACCAUUGUGCAACCUGUACGCCAACAAGCUUUACUUCAACUACAACGGAAGCUAUGCCUCGUUCGAUGCGACGCAGGUUACGUCGCGAUCGGGUGGCAAGGGUGAAGCGAUCAAGCUGAUCAAAAGUCAGGUGGCGGGCGGCAUGAGCGCCGGGGCGGAUAAGAUCGUGGCGAUGAUCGGUGACGGGAUGACGGAUUUGGAAGCGUGCCCACCGGGAAACUUUUUCAUCGGAUACGGUGGCAAUGCCGUGCGGGAGGAGGUUCAAAAGCGGGCCACGUACUACGUGACCAACUUUUCGGAGAAAUCGUCGAUCGUGCUUGAUCCACCCGCUGGUGGCGGUGGCAAAAGUGCGAAAAAGAAGGGAGGCAAAGUUGACAACGUGGUAGAUUCGGACGAUGAAAGUGUGCCAGCUGGACGCAGCAAAAAGGGCGCAGGAACUGCACCGGCCAGCUCCGGAGCUGGUGGUAAAAAGGGGAAAAAAGGUAGAAAGGGUGAAGACGAUUGGAGUGAUAAUGAGGAGCCAGCGGCGGGUAAAGGGCGCAGCAAAGCACCACCGGUUGUGGAUUCCGAUGAGGGAGAGAAGAAACCGGCCGUAAAAUCUGGCCAAGGCAAGAAGGAACAGAAGAAGGCACCGGCAAAGGCCAAAGGAAAGGGCAAGAAGGAUGAUGAUUGGUCGGAUAAGGAAGAGAAGGAAAUCGAUCUGCUAGCGGGCGGCGGCGGUGGUGCAUCGGACGAUGACGAAGAUGACGAUGAGGACCGGAUGGUGGCCAUGAUGAGCAAAAAGGGGGCCAAAAAGAAGCAGCAACAAACGGCCAAAAACAAAAAAGUGGCCGCUAAACGGCAGGAGUCGGAGGAGGAAGACAGUGAAGAAGAGCUUGAGAGUGAGCCGGAAGUAGUGCCGUCGAAAGCGGAGGUUCAACCAAAGGAAACCCCCAAAGCAACGCCAGUGCCGGAAGUGAAGAAGGAUGAACCAGCCAAACCAGCCCCGGCGGUGGAAAAGCAGGUGGAACCGAAAGUGGAACCGAAAGUGGAACCGAAAGUGGAUCCGAAAGUGGAAGUUCAACCAGAACCAGAACCAGAACCAGAACCAGAACCGGAACCUGAAGGCGAGGCGAGUCCCGAUGCCGAAGUUGAAGAGAUGGCGGAUAAGGUGGCCGAAGAACUUACCUUGGACGAAGCAGGCGAGGAGAAGGAGAAAAAACUGACGCACAAGGAAAAAAAGAAGCUCAAGAAGCAGCAAGAGUUCGAGAAAAUGCAGGAAGCGAUGCUUCGGAAGGGUGGCCAGGGCCAUUCGGAUCUGGAUAGCAACUUUACGAUGUCGCAAGCACUGAAGACGGGCAACCAGAGCAAGCACCAGGAGCAUGCGGUGGAUAUAAAAAUCGAAAACUUUACCAUUUCGGCCAAGGGUAACGACCUGUUCGUAAACGCGAAUCUGCUGAUUGCCAACGGGCGCCACUACGGACUGGUCGGUCCGAACGGCCACGGCAAGACGACGCUGCUGCGUCACAUCGCUAACCGUGCCUUUGCCAUUCCGCCCAAUAUCGAUGUGUUGUUAUGCGAACAGGAGGUGGUGGCGGACGAAACAUCCGCCGUCGAGACGGUGCUAAAGGCGGAUGUCAAGCGCACCGCACUGCUGAAAGAGUGCAAGGAACUGGAGGAUGCGGUCGAGAGUGGCAAAAUCGAACUACAAGAUAAGCUGCAGGAGGUUUACAACGAGUUGAAGGCGAUUGGGGCCGAUUCCGCGGAACCACGGGCCCGCCGCAUCUUGGCAGGGUUGGGUUUUUCGCGCGCAAUGCAAAAUCGUCCUACGAACGCGUUCUCCGGAGGUUGGCGUAUGCGUGUGUCACUCGCCAGGGCUCUGUUUAUCGAACCGACGCUGCUGCUUCUCGAUGAACCGACGAACCAUCUCGAUCUGAACGCCGUCAUUUGGCUAGACAACUAUCUGCAGGGCUGGAAGAAGACGCUGCUAAUCGUUUCUCACGAUCAGUCCUUCCUGGACAAUGUGUGCAACGAGAUCAUCCAUUUGGACACCAAGAAGCUGUACUAUUACAAGGGCAACUACACGAUGUUCAAGAAGAUGUACGUUCAGAAGCGCAAGGAGAUGGUCAAGGACUACGAGAAGCAGGAGCGCCGGUUGAAGGAGCUGAAGGCGCACGGACAAUCAAAGAAGGCAGCCGAGAAGAAACAGAAGGAGAACUUGACCCGCAAACAGGAGAAGGGCCGCACUAAGAACCAGAAACCGGGCGAAGAGGACGAGGGACCGGUUGAGCUGCUGUCCCGACCGAAGGAGUACAUCGUGAAGUUUAGCUUUCCGGAUCCGCCACCGUUGCAACCCCCAAUCCUGGGACUGCAAAAUUGUAACUUCAAUUUCCCUAACCAAAAGCCAUUGUUCAUUGGGGCCGAUUUCGGCAUCGACCUGAACAGCCGUGUUGCCAUCGUUGGCCCGAACGGAGUGGGUAAAUCGACGUUCCUCAAGCUGUUGGUGGGCGAACUGGAACCGGUGAAGGGUGAAGUGAAGCGCAACCAUCGGUUGCGGAUCGGACGGUUCGAUCAGCACUCUGGUGAACAUCUGACGGCGGAGGAAACGCCAUCCGAGUAUCUGCAGCGGUUGUUCAACCUACCGUAUGAGAAGGCCCGCAAACAGCUGGGCACGUUCGGGCUAGCCAGCCAUGCGCACACGAUCAAAAUGAAGGAUCUUUCCGGUGGCCAGAAGGCUCGUGUUGCGUUAGCGGAAUUGUGCCUCAAUGCGCCCGACGUGCUGAUUCUCGAUGAACCGACCAACAACCUGGACAUUGAGUCGAUCGAUGCGCUUGCCGAUGCAAUCAACGAUUAUAAGGGCGGUGUGAUAAUCGUUUCGCACGACGAACGUUUAAUUCGGGAGACCGAGUGUGCCCUGUACGUGAUCGAAGACCAGACGAUCAACGAGGUGGACGGUGAUUUCGACGAUUAUCGAAAGGAGGUGUUGGACAGCUUGGGCGAGAUUAUCAACAACCCGAGCAUAUCGGCCAACGCCGCGGUGCUGCAGUGAUCGCUUGGCGGCGGCAACGAGACCGUGGUGGGAUUAGUGUUGCUUCUGCGUUCUGUUUUUAUUAUUACGAUUAAAUAUAUACACAAUUUGC